AUGGCAAGCCGCAUCGCCCAGAGGCCACUGGUCAUCCAGGUUGAAAACUUGGAUGUGAAUCGCAAAAGCAAGAAGGCUGGCUUUGAUGGGAGUGUUAAGAAUUCUAAAACAGCUACAAAGAAAGGUAGAAUUACGCUGGGAAGUCGCAAGGCACUCAAUGAUAUUACAAACAGAACUUCUGUGCUACAAGAAGAUUCGUUGCAGAAAAAAAGUACCAAAAAGCAAGGAAUAAAUGUGGCUGAGGAAAGGUUUUUGCACGACCACAGAAAAUGUAGUGAGGAAAAGCAAGCUGCUCCAAUUACUUUAUUCAUGGACAUGGUUCUUCCUGGUCAUGCUUCCAUAUCUACUGUUAAACAUCCCAAGAUUAAGCAAGUGAAGGUGAUUGUUCACGUUAACUUUUGUUUUAGAAGAUCUAGAAACGUUUUUACUUUUACAAAGAUCAAUAGAAGAUAUCAUUCAUUGUUGGGGAUGUCCCUUACAUAUUGUGUAGAGCUAAAUAUCAGUGAAUUGUUAGAAUAUCUCUUCUUUCUCUUAGAAUUGGUUCAAUUGGCCCUCUUGCAUGAUUUUGCAUAA